UCCAAGAUGGCAGCGAAUGUGGAAAACGUACUUCGAGAGAAGUGUAAAGUGUAUGUUCAAGUAGGAAAAGAUGAUUUCAAAAGAUUGACUUCAGAAGUCAAAGAUAUUAAGGAAGUCAUUCCAAAAAUACUUACCUCAGAUCUACUGGAUUCAUAUUCCAAGCUAGAAGCAAGUCAAGAAGAACUUCAGCAAGUUCAUAGUGAAAAUCAUAAGCUUAGGACUGAGCUUGAUUACCUACAGCAAGAGCACCAGAGGCAAAUAGGAGAAGCAGAGAAGAGAUAUAACAAUCUUAUUGGGGAUUAUGACAGAGGUAGAGAGGAGAAGUUUGAUCUUAAGUGUCAACUAGCAGAUGUCAAUCAACAACUUAUUGACCAAUCAGAUUACUGCGCUAGUUUGGGUGCUUCUGUGUGCACAUUGCUGUGGAGGGUUUCUAGGCAACAACAGUCUGUAUCGACUCUCCUUGAAGGGGCAAAAGCAGAAGAGUUCCUCCACCUAACGAGAAAAACCAUUAUCAGCUACUUCGCCACAUGGGGAGAAGACGACCCUCAAGAGAAAUCAGAAGAACUAGAAUUUGUUCUUGCUUUGUGUGGUAUUAUAACCAACAUAGCGGCUGCCCCAUGUGGGAGAGAGUUCUUUACAAGGAAAGAGAUUGGUCAAGUCCUGGUAGAUUGCUUAGUUACGACACUCGAGAAGACUUCUGUUCAGCAUAAUGUGAAGAUACGAAGCCUGAUGUUAAUGGCUUUGUACAAUAUAAGUAUUAAUUUUCGAGGUCUGCAGUAUUUGAUAUCAAAACCUUCACUCCUUCCGCUUAUGCUUCGUUUAAUACAAGAAGAAAGCGACUCUGAAAUAAAGCUCAAUGCUGCAAGACUUCUGCAGUCUAUUGUCAUGGAACCCGAAUGUCUAUCACAUGAGCAUCUACAACAGGUGAAAAAACUACGAUACACGUUUUACCUACAAACUCAAUCUUCCAAGGAACUAUUCGCCUCAUGCAGCUUUCACUAAACACACUUCAGAAGCUGGUCAACACCACCAAAGGGGAGGUUCAGUACACGCUACAAGAGAUAAUCGACGACGUGAAGAAAUAUCCAAUUAAUCUCGUUUAGUCAGCUCUCGAGUAGAUUCGAUAGGGCCUGCUGACCAUGAGAGAUAUAGACUCGGGAAGAGCUUUUCAUCGUAGCUUCGCAGUAAUGACGACCUUAAGCUUUUCAAAAUCUACGACGGCGACGUCAACCGGAAUUAUAUAUAACUUCUGUAAAGUAUGUCUUCCCUCUCUGGAUGAGUUUACUUUUAUUGACAAUGUUUUGAAUGAAAUCUCCAAUGAACAAAACCCCAAAGAGAAAUUAUUUGCACUUCCGAUUGACGUCGCUGUCGCAGAUUUUGAAAAGCUUAUUAAGGUCACCAUUAAUGAGAGAAUGCGGUUUAUUUUUUAUUCAUAGUGCAUGCGGGCGACGUCAUAUUUAACUUGCGUUAUAUUAUUCUCGUACCCAGAUCCAUCGAAUUCGUUCUUGCAUGAGGAGAUUUGGGUACUAGAACGGUGUUUUAAAAUGGACGUAUUUGGUUGUACAUUCUAAUAAAAAAUAAAGUUAUUUUUGUGCAUA